CGCUUUUAAAUAACUUUCUCGUUCAUAUAUAUAGACAAUUGAUUAAUUUGGGGGCUUUGCGGCAGCUACAUUUCAGAGAGUUAUCGAAUUUAUUUUUACUAGGUGCUGCCGUUAUUUGAAAUCAGUUGGAUACGGAUGUGUAUGGUACAGAUGAUUAUCCAUUAAAAAUAUUACUGAGCUGGUACUAGCCAAGGAUGGCAACGAGUGAAGAGGAAAUAACAAGGGGUCAUGAACUUUACUUGAGACAUCUUCUACUUCUGGGGCAAGCUGCACCAGUGGGUGUAAAGGCCGUAAUUGAAAGAGAAGUCAGGAAACAAUACAUGGGAAGUCUUGCCAAUCUUUUAGCUGAAAAGAAGGAUACUUUCAAAGCGUUUCCUCAGCUGUUUCAAGAUGAUGAAGUAAAUGCAGAUAUUGAUUCUUGGGACAUACACUUGCUCUGUGAUGUAACAUUGGCCCUAUUUGAGUCGUGUCUUACCGAUACAGAGCGGGAAGCAAUAUUAUGCAUAAGUGGCCAAAGAAAAGAUUUGGAUAAUUACGCUGACUCUGCUUCGCUUAGCUACAAGACUUUCGAGACAAAAUGGGCUGCGUUACAUCCGGCAAUUCUGGGUCUUAUCAAAAACAUUGAUGACGAGACAGCAAAAUUGGAGUGUACACGAAUGAUUUAUUCCUUUAAAUCAGAAUCCACCAGAGUUAACAUGGAAUUGAUAAACAGAAUAAAACAGACGAAAGAUGUCAACCUGCAUGUUCAAAUGGCUAUACAGGACAAAGUCGCCCCAAAAAUUCAUGGUGAUUAAUAUAUAUGAAACUUACCGACCAGUUACUAAACCUUAAUGCAAACGCAGUCAUGCGUAUUGAUCCGUAGCUGAACGUAGUUAUCUGAGGAUGCCCGGCGCAGUAACACGUAGUUCAAUUUAGUACACCGUACCUAUCCGUACUUUUUGUCCUCCUGUAUCAUUUUCUUCCCCGUUUCUCGCCAUUUUUCCCCUACUAAGACGUACUGCUCCGUAUUUAUCUGUGUCCGAGUCCCAACAAAACAGUCUCAUCCGCACCGUACCUUAACGCACGGACAUAUCUGUAUGUGUGUGAUAAGCUUAAGCUAUUUAAAUAACUUGCUAUGUAUGCAUGUAGAUAACAUAUACCUAAAUGUCCAGAUGCAAGUUGAAGCUCUACGUAUAUUAAACGAAACAUGGCACCAUAAAUGUUAUGUUGCGACUGUGAAUAAGUUGAAUGUGCUCUAAGGAAAUGCUAGGUACUCGAAAAAUACACAAUGUCGGUAGACGGUUUCUAACGCAUUCUGUUCUACAGCUGCAUAAGACUGUUUGGCGGUCGGGAUGUUUGUGGCUUGUUGGUUGCGUUUGGAAUAUUAUUUGCAGGCAUUGAAUACCUGUGUGCGUGUUGAUUUCAGUCCAGACUCACGUAAUACUAUUGAAUGUGUAUUAAAAUAUCUAUUGAUUAACAAAAUAUAGGAUGUGACAGAACACGUGACUUGGUAAAUCAAUUUAGAUAUGUAUUUAUUUGUAUGAUUUUUGAAAUUGGUCCAGUAUGACUUACUAAGUCGCUGGCCACACUUUCAGUGUAGUGGACUGAUAAUGACAAUCGACAAUUUCCGUGCGAUAACAUUUUCUCAAAUGCUAUUUUGUCAUCUGUCAGUCAUAAAAGAAAACUUUCUCUUUUAUCAUAACCAGAUGCCAGAAAAAUGCCAGAAAAUAAGUUACUGUGAAAUCAUUUAAUUUCGUGGGCAUGAAAUUUCGUGGUUUUGGUCAAAACGGCAAUUUCGUAGGGACGAAAAUUCGUGGAUUUCAACUUCUGAACAUAAAAUGAGUGGGAAUUUUACGUAUUCGUUGGGAUUAAAUUUCGUGG